UCCGUGUGAGGUUGUGAAAGUGUAGAUUUUUCAGUGUACAUCUAGACUCUAGACUCGUCACUUGCGGACCCAGUCUCAUUCCUAACUUGACGGUAGCAGUCUGAGAAGUAAAACUCUGUCGAAUAUUGAGCUAAAUUUGCGGACCUAAAGUGUUGAAAUUGUUCGGAGAUUGUGGCUAAAGUGCAGAAGACCAACUGAAAGAUGAGGUGCAUUGUAAAGGACUGCGAAAACACCCUGAAAAACUGUCCUCAAGGAGUGACAUUUCAUAGGUUUCCCCAGGAUGUUAGACUGGCUAGAAAAUGGAAAAUCCUCAUUAAUAUUGGACUCAACUAUGUCUGCAAGGAGAAGGACAGAGUCUGCAGUGAGCAUUUCUUGGAGGAGAAUUUUGAAUACAGGAGAUUCAGAGAUAAAUUUAAGAAGUACCUCAGAACCAACUCCACUCCUCAGCCACUUUUUGACAUGGAGUUGGACGAAUACAGAAUGCAACUCUAUGAACAGGAUGAUCCAUAUUUGGAUAUGCAGUACAUAGAGGAAUCUUACAUGACUGAGCCCAUGCCUGAGCCAUCACGCAGUAUCAUGCACAACGUUUCCAUGACAUCGGAUGAGGAUGAUAUGGGAAACGGUUCUGUAACUUCGGUACAGUAUGAGAGUCCACACAAUCAGUACGGAAAUCGUAAUAUUUAUGCUCCCGGAAGCAGUAAAUACGUAAUGCAAAACAGUGCACCAAAACGUCCAAUGGUCAGUUUUCCCGUACCAGCACCUCCAAUGAAGAGAUCCCGAAUGCCUGAGAAUAAUUUCCACAAUAUGGAACAGGCAGUUUCGACUCAAACCAGGGAGGAAACUACGACACUGAGCGUAGAAUGUGAGAUUGAGUUGGAGAAGGUGAAGAUUGAAAGUCUCAGUGAGUUGUUGUCUGAGUUGAAGGAAAAGCUGAAUAUUUCUGAUGAGAUUGCUGAUGUGUUGAAGGAUAUCAUAGGUCCCAAUGAGGAUCUCUUUGAUGAGGUUAUUAAGAUAACGGACUUUAAAGAAAUUCCCCUGACAUUUCAGCCAAUUAUGAAAGAUUUUGCGUUGACGUUGGAUUUCUUGGCGCCACGCGCCUAUCGGUACAUCACAAGUGAGUACAAGAGUUUUUUGCCUCAGCCAAAUGCCUUUGCAGCUUGGUACAAAAACAGUGAAGCUGAUCCGGGUUUCUCUCAAGAAUGUCUGGAUACAAUAACGGAGUUGGUUAAAUGUGAGAACGAUCAAUGUCGAACGGUUAUUUGUCAGUUGGCAUUCAUUGAGAAGGAAAUUUUUCCACAAAUUCAGAAAAUUGGCGAUAAAGCCUUUGGGUAUAGUUCUGUAAGUACAAUUGAUAAGCCUUCCAAUGACAUAGCUGAUCGGGUUCUCAUGUUUAUGGUUGUUGACAUAAAUGGAGCUUGGAAGAUGCCUGUAGGGUACUUUCCUGUCAAAACGCUCAAUAGCAACAUGAGACAGAAUCUCAUUGAGAAGGCUAUCAUAAAUGUGGAAGAGACUGGAGCUAGAGUUUUGGGAAUAACUUUCAAUGGGGAACACAUUAAUUUCUCAACUAUGAAGUCCUUGGGAGCUUCGUUUGGGAUGGACGAACCGGUGUUUACGAUUAAGGUUGCGGGUAAUCCUCCAGAUCGAGCGUACUAUGUCUAUCCCGAUCCUCUUGAUAUGAUCAGGCGUGUUAGGUUGUCCUUUAUCUUGGAGGGAUACUUUCUCGAUGGAGAUGGUAAUAUUGUAGACUACAGCUAUGUCAAAGAAUUGAAGAAAGUCUAUGAGAGCUCUCAUACAAAUCCUGAGUUAAAACAACUUCAGAACUACUUUCAGAGGAAGAAAAUUAAUGUUACCUUGGUUGAGCAGUUACUCAACAAAUCUAUUGCUGAUGCCCUUGACUACUGUCGUGUUAACGCACUUAUUCUGAACAUACCACAGUUCGCCGGUUGCGAAGCUACUGGAAAGUUCAUUCGUAUGAUGAGCAAUGUUUUUGAGGUCUUGAAGAGUCAUCAGCAAUCGAAUCCAGAGGUAAAGAGUUCGGUUUUAAUUGGAAAUUUGAAGAGAAUCAAGCAAUUUUGUGAGAACGCUCAGAAAUAUCUGUUCGAUCUUUGUUUGCUAUCGAACGUUCAAACUACCUCAAAUGGCAAUGAGAUACGCUACACAUUUUCCGAGAAGGAAACUGUAAUUUCUUCAGCGCAUAGGAAUGGUUUUCUCGGUCUUCUGGUUUGUCUAGAGAAUCUGCCGAAGAUAUUUGAAACUGCUCAGGGAGAAUUGAAAGAUCAGAGUCUGAAGACGAACUUCCUCAAUCAAGACUCAAUGGAACAGUUCUACUAUUCCAUCAAAACAAAUCUUCGUUCAAACUGCAGUCCGUCUAUACUUCAAUUUCGCGAUGCGUACAAGAAAUUGAUCACUGGGGCCCAAGUCAUUAGGGACAAUACCGGUACCUGUAUUGUAGGAACUGAGAGUGUUAAGAUGUUAUACGUCAACCCUGCACGAUGCCUCCAAGUAAUCAACAACAUCAAUCAUGGAAGCGUUUUUCAAAAAAUUGGCUUCCGCUUCAAAGAUGAAAUCGAAUAUGAGGAAGUAAUAUCCAAAAACUUCCGAACAGAUGAAGAAGUUCUCACUGAGAAGGACUUCAUUAAGAUUUCCGCCAAACUCUUGGAAAUUGAGAAUUUAUACGCAGGUAGGAACAAUUCUCCAUACAUGGCAUCCUGUGCAUCUGGCUACAUAGUAUCGGUUUUGCUAAAGAAGGCCCACUGCAAGGACUGUACCGCACUUCUCGUGGAGCCUUCCGAUGAGAGCAAUUCACGACAAAAUUACGAGCUUGAUGAUAAACCUUCAAAAUUUGUUCUGGGUAUUUCCGAACUUACAGAAGAUAUCCUCAAUGGUGAGAUUCAGUACCUUGGCAUCAAUUUCAUCUACGAAAAUAGACACGAAACCGAAAUGAUUUCGCAAGUUACGAAGCAUUUUGAUUUCGAAUCUGAUCACUUUAUGCUCAACAAGGCCCACAAAUACAGUAUGAUUGAACUCAUAAGUGGGCUGUACCUUAAAGUAAGGAUCUAUCAUGAAUUGAAUAAGGAUGCUGUGCAGGAUUCUAUGAAAAAUGUUUAUAGAGCACUUGUACAUUUUGAUGAUAUAAAUUAAUCUGAAUUUCAUUACUUUUAGCUGUAUUAGGUGAUAUUCUUAACUAUCUCACCUAUUUAGUGUUUUUUUUGUGUCUCUAAAAAUAUCAAUGUAAACCUAUUUAUAAUAAAGUGAAAUUUGCUUUUGGAUAAA